CGCCCGGCCUGAGGGGAGGAACCGGCCGGGCCUCGCCGCGCGGCCCAGCCAGCUAGGGAGUAUUCACCUCUCUUCCCUGAGCUCUGCACCCGAGGCUACCCCUCGCGCCUUAGGCCGACGCCAUGAAGAUCAAGGAUGCCAAAAAACCCUCUUUCCCAUGGUUUGGCAUGGACAUUGGAGGAACGCUAGUAAAACUCUCGUAUUUUGAACCUAUUGAUAUCACAGCAGAGGAAGAACAAGAAGAAGUUGAGAGCUUAAAAAGUAUUCGGAAAUACUUGACUUCUAAUGUAGCAUAUGGAUCUACUGGCAUUCGGGAUGUACAUCUUGAACUGAAAGAUUUAACACUUUUUGGACGAAGAGGAAACUUGCACUUUAUCAGAUUUCCAACCCAGGACCUGCCUACUUUUAUCCAAAUGGGGAGAGAUAAAAAUUUCUCAACCUUACAAACGGUGCUAAGUGCUACAGGAGGUGGUGCUUACAAGUUUGAGAAAGAUUUUCGCACAAUUGGAAACCUCCACCUGCACAAACUAGAUGAACUUGACUGCCUUGUAAAGGGCUUGCUGUAUAUAGAUUCUGUCAGUUUCAAUGGACAAGCAGAAUGCUAUUAUUUUGCUAAUGCCUCGGAACCUGAGCGAUGCCAAAAAAUGCCUUUUAACCUGGAUGAUCCUUACCCACUGCUGGUAGUGAAUAUUGGCUCAGGAGUCAGUAUUUUAGCAGUCCAUUCCAAAGACAACUAUAAAAGAGUGACUGGGACAAGCCUUGGAGGGGGCACCUUUCUUGGUUUAUGCAGUUUAUUGACUGGCUGUGAAAGUUUUGAAGAGGCUCUGGAAAUGGCAUCCAAAGGUGACAGUACCCAAGCUGAUAGGCUGGUCCGAGAUAUUUAUGGAGGAGAUUAUGAAAGAUUUGGUCUACCGGGUUGGGCUGUGGCAUCUAGUUUUGGUAAUAUGAUUUAUAAGGAGAAACGAGAAACUGUUAGUAAGGAGGACCUGGCAAGAGCCACUUUAGUUACUAUCACCAAUAACAUCGGCUCCGUGGCACGGAUGUGUGCUGUAAAUGAGAAAAUAAAUCGAGUUGUCUUCGUUGGAAACUUUUUACGUGUCAAUACUCUGUCUAUGAAACUUCUGGCAUAUGCUUUGGAUUACUGGUCAAAGGGUCAAUUGAAAGCAUUGUUUCUAGAACAUGAGGGAUACUUUGGAGCUGUUGGUGCACUUCUUGGACUGCCAAAUUUCAGCUAAAACAUUGGAGAUCUCUACUAAGGAAUGUCAUCCAGGAAGAACUGAUCCAGAAACUGCAUUCAUUAUUUGUCACUGGGAACCAAAGGAUAAAUGCUAUUUGUGUUCAUUUUAAAUGUCAGAACGGUAAGCUCGUGAGCUUUGCCGCAUGGAAAGACCUAUAAUGGGAAGUAUCCCUCAUUGAUGUCCCCUUGUAUGUAUAGAUAGCCAGCGUUCCAUCUUAAAUGCAAUACAGCCUCUUGAUUGUUGAACUUUCUCAAUGAUUUUCUAUUUAUUUGAUGCAGCCAACAUUGUAGUACUGUGUGCUCAGACACAAAUCUUAAAAUCUCAGAAAUAUUUAUGCAAAAUAAUUGAUUCUGAAUAUUUGUUUGAAUCUGUUUUAUGUAUGUUUGGUUACUAGUGAGCAGGAAGUAACAUAUUCUCAUAAUUUAUUGUACUGGCAAUCAAAGAUCAUUUUCUGUGACUUAGAAAUGUUAAGGCAAUAUUAAGUAUUAACUAUGGUAGUUUUAUAACAUAUCCUCAGAAAAGCAUGCCUAUAUGACCUCUGCCCAUAAGUACAAUUUUCUCUCAGAUGAUGAGUUGAAAUAUUGUGCUUAAAUAUGAACCUGAAUUUUUCUAUUGAAUCCCUGAAGUUUUUGCACAUAUUUGGUGGCGCUACACUUUAUGCAUUAAUCAGUAUAUGUGUGAAAAUGUUUACUGUUUUUGAAAUUGAGGGCAUAAUCACACACUUCAGAGUCUAUCUACGUAAUUAAGUCCUUAGACUGUUCAAAUGGAAUAUGGUUAGAGUGGGUGGCAUUCUGUGCUCUUUCUCUACCAUGUAUAUCUCAGGCCCAAAUGUGCAUUUCUUCUCAUUAGACCUGAACUAUGGAAGCUGAUUUUUAUCCUGCCAUAAACUGUAGCAAUGGACAGAAUCAGAUGCUGUCUAAAAGAAUGUUUUGAAAUUACGUGACUCUGGGGCAGUGUUGCUGAACUACAAAUGGAUCAAUGUUUGGUUUUUGGUCAUAAAAGCAUUGCAGAUCCGAAAUUUGUCUUUCUGCUUGGAAUUUAUUCUUGGGUUUGAAUUCCUGUUUUUUAUAAUGUUAAAAUCUUUCAGAUUUUACAUGGGCAGUAACAUUUUUGGAUGCCAUUAGUUCCAUAAAGUUGAGUCUGUAAGGGACCCGUAUUAAUUUCCAAUGUUUCUGGAAAUAACCUUAAAGAGGUUAGAGAUUGUUUACAUUUCAAAGAAUAUUUCAGUGUAGUUUCUGAUACCCCAGUGUCUAGAGUUUCCAGCAGACUCUCAAGAGGUGCUUGAUAAAGACAGGUCUCUGGAGCCAGGUGCUUCUGCUCUUGGCAGGCAGUUCAAGGCCAGUCUGGUCUACAGAGUGAGUUCCAGGACAGCCAGGGCUACAUAGGGAAACUUUGUUUCCAGGGUAAAAAAAAGACAGGUCUCUGUGUAGUUUAUGUGCAAAUGUUUAAAAUUCAAUUUUUCUUUACUUAAAAAUACAAACAUACAAAUAGUAUCUGGGGAGGGAAGCAUAUAACGACAAUAGUGUUUGCCUGGUAAACAUUUUAAGUCUACAAUGAUGUCACUCAGUGUUCACAUCUCAGUGGCCGCUUGUUCCAGUUGGACUGCUACUGCUUCCUUUGUUUUAAAGGUUUUUGGCUUGAGUGUGCAGAUAAGAAAAUGAUUGAAUGAUAGAUUUAUCUACUGUGGAAAUUCUAUACAUCAGCAACUAUGGGUUUAGGGCUAUCUUUAAAGAUUGAAUAGGGCUCGUGUUAAUUUGACCACUUUGGUUUAUAUAGAACUAACAUUUUGCCAUUUGGAACUGAAAUUAACUACCAAGGUCCAUAUAAAGUGAACCAACUCAUUCAUACAUUUUUUCAAGUGUAAUCUGUAAUUACUGAAUUAAUAAGAACACAGAAUCAUAAUUGAUAAAAGCUGCAACGAUUCUAAUCUAGCCUAUAUUGCUCUUGAGAAAUUCCCUGUAUGCAUGCUGUCAUAGAGGUUUGCUUCUGGUAUCAAUCAACCUAAUUAAAAGUCUGUGUUCUUAAACAGUGCCAUUUAAUAGAUAAAAUGUAGACUGUAUCAUUUUAUAUUUUCUAGUAAAAACCACAUUAAAAGCUAACAAGAAAUAGAGUAAGGUCAUUUUAGUACCUUUUUUAUUUAAUCUACCAGUAUAUCUAAUGUGUUAUUUCAGUGUGAAAUUGGCACAAAAAAUUAAUUGGGGGAUGUGUUUUGUCUUCUUGUUUAUUUUGUUUUUAUUAUUUAGUCUUCAGUUGAUAUAUAUUUUAUACUUAAUGAUACAUUUCAGUUUUGGACUGACCACCUUUCAGAUAUCCAGCCACAUAUAUAAAUAGUGCCCACCCUGUUAGUGUUUUUCUAAAGCUACUUUGUUUUGUUUUUGUUUGAGACAGCCUCAACUACAUAGCACUGGAUGGCCGGGAACUGGCUAUGUAGACCAGGCAAGCCCUGAACUCAAAAGAAAUCUACCUGCCUCUGCAUGCCGAGGUUACAGGCGUGCUAGGAGAGCACUGUUGUGUGUCCUUAAACUAAUCUGGGCUUUUAAAAGAAUAGAUAGGGAAAAUGGUAAUUUCUUUUUAAAAAUAAAGACAAGACCAUUUAUUUGGGCCAGUUUAUUUUACACAGAUAAGCUGUUAACUGACUAUUCCAGAUAUACUGUAUAUUGUCAUCAUGUCAUCUCUUGUGUAGUGUAUGGAAUUUUUCUAAUAACUGAUAAACCGCCCGUGACACAUCCUAGUAGUUAGCAAUUUCCAAACUAAUGUAUUUCCUUUAUGGAAGCAAAUUUAAUUCCAGGGACUUAGUUUCUAAAGUUUCUGAGUUUUUGUGCAGUCAAUUUUGAAAGAUUACCAAGAGACACUUUUUAUCUCAUUAUUAUUUUUUAUACAUACAAAGAGUCUUUAUAAAAAUUCUUAUAACUUUCAAAUGCUAAGAGCAUUGUCAGCCAUGGUUUUGGUGGUAAAACGCACACACAAAUCUAAAAUACCACCUCUCCCCCUAAAGGUUGCCUUUUAACCAGACCUCUCCAGGCAUCUGUAUAUACACACACAGGCCAUAGCAUGGCGUUUCCUUCCUCAGCUACACUGAGUAGGUGGGGGAGUCGUGGAUUUCUCCUUGGGUUAAAGUCAUUGCCAAGGCUAGGCCAGUAAUAUGCAUGAUAGUUGAAAGCCAGCCCCCUCAAGGGAUUCUCAUUAUUUGCAAAUACUGGACUCUAAAUGGACAGUGCCCUUGAAUUCACGUGAUUGCUGUGUCAGGUACCCAUUCCUGUUUUGUGGGUUACAUUCUUGAGGGAGAAAAGUUCAUGUGGCUAUAGUUUCUAAAUAUCCUUUAUAAAACUACUUUGUUAGAAACAAAGUUCUUUCUUACUUAGUUUAUCAUAUCUUGUUUUGUUGAGCACUUUAUCUUUGUUAGUGUUUUGCAUUUUUUGAAUAUAAUUCAGAAAUUCUAGGUUAUGCAAAGAAUUGAUAAAGCAUAAUGAAAAUGAGUGUACAUUACUUUGCAUUCAACUUCAGUUUUGUAGUGUGUGUAAACAAAAUAAUAGAAAUACUUUUUUUCUUUAAAUACUCUGACAUUUAAGGUGAUUGCCUCUAAACGUCUAUGUUGUUUUUCCCCACCUAAGCUCCUGUGUUACUGAGUGCACGUCAUCCUGACAGCAGUGCAGGCCAGCUAGUUUCAUCUGUGUCACCAGAUGGGAUAAUCUCUUGUUUGGUUCUUGCUUUUUGAGACAAGGUCUCUCUAUGUGGUCCUGGAACUUUGUUAUGUAGAGCAGGUGUCCUCAAACUCGGAGAUUCUUUUGUCUCUGCUUCCCAAGUGCUGGCAAUAAAAGCAUGUGCCACCACAUCCAGCCUGUGUCAUAGCAGUUUUGUUUUACAAUCUGUAACAGGAAUUAUCUUGCAGUGUCAGUAAUAUAAUGAUGUAAUAUUUUUUUCCUUUGAAGUAUUAAGAUAGCCAGUUCAAUACAACAUAAAAAGAGUGUUCCAAGUUUUUGCAGUCUUUUAUCCUACUUGCAGAGUUAAAACACUCCCCAUUGGACACACUGUGCUGUCUUAUGUAUUCAGUACCUGUGGAAUUCUGCUUUGAUCUAAUGUUUUACAGUGUUCUGGUCAUUGGCCUAGCUUCUUCCAAGUGUUCUCUUUAUUUGUUAACCAGGAAUUCGGUGGCUACCAUGGGAGAUGACACCGUUGCCAGGAGCCCGAGAUAACAGUUGCUCCAUUCCUGGCAGUGCUUAAGAUGACUUACACAUUUCAGAUGCUAUCAUGUUCUAGAGCUAAUUUUUAGUGCUUUAUAGUAUUUCAAUAAUUCGUCUGCCUUUCAUUAAUACAUGUUGAUAAGUACUUACUAAACCAGAAAAAAAAAAGUUAUAUAUAUAUCUCAUUGCCUGUGAUAGCUAUUGGAAAGUAUGUGUGUACAUUCAUCUAUAACGUCUUGAAUUUUAACUAUUAAUCUCAAAAUUAUAUAGGGAUUGUUACUACUCUUCAUUUGUACAAGGUGAAAAAUACUCCUCAAAAUUUAGAGAUGUUGAAGUAUUAGCUAUAUUUGGAAUUUUAGUAGCCCCUUUCUUCGACCUGUUUUUAUUUCUAAUCAUUGUGUGUGGUCACAGGUGUGGGUGAACAGAGUUCCAUCAACAUUUACAAAAUGAAAAUUGCAAAGUGAAAACCUGCAUGUAGGUUGGAAUGGAUCACAGUCCUACCUAAUAAAGCAGGUAGAAGACCUUAAGAUCUCUUUUCUGAGCUGAACGGAGUCGACCUGUGUCAGACCCAAUGUCUUUCUAAAAGUCAGUGUGGGCUGAUGCUAGAAUCCUGCUGCUUGGGGAUCUGAUCUUAAUUCACAAACUAGCUUGUCUUCUAAACGAAGGUUUUGGCUUUAGAUUCUUUUUACUGCAGCUGCUGUAAUUUUAUGUUUAAAAGACUUGGUAAAGAAUGUAACUUCACAGAAAGCAUUUUCAUUUUUACAUAACCUUAAAGUACCAUAAGUGAUGUAAAAUAGUUUGCGAUUGCAAUUGGUUUUGGUUCUAUGCUUCUAAACAGUGUCAUUGUGAUUGGGUGUCAUCAGGAUGUCACAGUGUCUCGCUCAGUACUUAAUUAACCCUGCUUCUAAGCCAUUUGGAAAUUGGCCAAUUUUUUCUGAAUGAACCCUUAGAGUUUACAGCAUUUAGAAGGAAAAAUAAUUUUAUAAAAUCUAAGGCUCAUGCUGUAGUGUCCCAUUCCUACCUGUAAUUCCUGAUCCCUGCAGUGAGUGAGGUUCCAAUACUUUGUCAUUUUUACCUACUCACUGUGUUUGAGUUGAGUGAACUCCUGGCAUUUAAACUGAAGUGAAGGCGUUCUUGUUACUUCUGCCCGGUCCUGAUGAGAUCAUUCCUAGGUGGAUUCUGUCCCAGUUUAGGGCAUCCUUUCCUUACACAAGUCACUUCAGUGCCAGCUGCCUUACUCUCUGUUGGUUGCAUUAUUCCUGUCAGGUCCAAGCUUUGUUUAUGUUUAGAUUCUUCUAAUAUUAAAUCUUAUGUAAAAAUGUAUGAUGUACUACAAACUUUAUGCAUAACAAGACUAAGUUAUAGCCUAUUAUAACCUAUAAAACACUUCUUGUAAAUUAUCUAAUUUAUUUUUCCAUUUAUGUACAGUUUCUUAAUGUAAAUUUAAAAAAUAUUUGUUGUGCCCUGCUCUGUAAACAUUCCCUUAAUGCUUAUUUGCAUGAAAGAGUUUUGGGUUCUACUUGUUUGUACUGUGUAGCUGUAAGCUGGGUUUGGGUGUCUACCUUUUCUGUAGUUUCUAACUUUUUUAAUUUGUUAAUAUUCUAAAUAAGUGUUAGAAUCAUGCUUUUUAUACCCUACUUUCCAAAUAAAUUCUCUUCUUUACUACA